GGAAUGACGGCCCCACUAAGCCGACAUCAGGCGCGGGGGCCUCUUUCUGGCCCCUGCCCUGGGAAUUCGGCAACAGCUCUGCUCAGAAAACUUUCCGCCUUCUCAGCCAAGCCGUUCAAGACGCGCGUGAACAAGCCGUCAAGGCGCCGCAGUCGUCUCGACCUGUCAUGACCCUGGGCCAGCAUCAGUUGCAAGAGACAUUUCUUCGAUAGCACGAAUGAAGUCUCAACGGAUACAGUCUGCUUUGGGGCUCUUGUUCCGACCCUGCGCCGCUCCCUCCGUCGCGGGCCUGCCCGGGCUCAGGGCACAAGCACGAUGGGCGCAUAAAAGCGCACAGCCUCAGGCCCCCUUGGUCCCCGCGCCGAUACCUUUCGUCCCCGAUGUCGAAACCUUCCUCACCCUGAUUGGCCGCGGCCUCAAACAACACGCGUCCAAGUUCCCUACGUGGGAGGCGCUCUUCACCCUGACAUCCGACCAACUCAGAGAGCUCGGCGUGGAGCCGCCAAGGACGAGAAGAUACCUGCUGAGGUGGAGGCAGCGCUUCCGGGAAGGCAGGUUCGGCAUUGGCGGCGACUUCAAGCACGUCGAGAACGGCUCAGCCGAGUUGAAGAUUCUAGUGACGGAGAAAAGCCCGCUGGUCCGUAAGAGGCACGUUGUCAACGUGCCCCCGGGCAAGAAGAUAGACGAGGUGUCGCCGUCGGACAUGGUGCGGGUCAAUGGCUACAAGGUCAAAGGAGUGCACACGAUCGCCGGCCCGUAUGCACUGCCCAUGAAGCACGGUGGCGCACGGGUUACGGUGACAGAGGGCAUGUGGGAAGACAAGCGAGGACACAAGGUCGACGGCGGUGAACGGAGACGGGACGAGAUUCGGUUCAAGAGGCGGGUGGCUGAGCGGAAGGCACUGAGGGAGUCGCAAGGCUUCUACUAGUCGCCCAU